GUUGACAUAUUAACAACAAUAGAAAUCUAAUUAUUUGCUCACAAAUAUCUUAUAUUACUAAUAUUAUCUACCAGUUUGUAAAGCUAAAGAAGCAAAGAUUUAUUAUUAAGUUUCCAUAAAAAAAUUCUUUAAGGUGCCAAAGUAACUUCAAACUGAAAGAACUCUGCUAAAUAGAUAACAACGGGUUUUGCGUAUGUACUAUACGUUAUGUCGUUUUCAGAGCGAGCAAUUUAUUUAUUUUUUGCUUUGGUUUGUGUAAAUGGAGGAGUAAAAGCAUAUACUGUACAAAUAAAAAGUACUGGCGAUUCGGUUAUAGGUUCUACUGUUAACUUCAGCGCUAUCCUAUUUAAUGACGGAAGUAUAGCUAAAAAUGAAAGUUAUAAAUUCAUUUGGAAAGAUUAUAGUACAUCUCCUGUUCGUACGAUGGAAUUUGAAACAACUCAACCGUACAGUAAUUGGACCGUAGAAUAUGCAAAAUCCAAAAUAAAUUCGGGAACGUAUCAAAUAAAUGUUGAAGUUGAUAGAUACUUCUUUUUCCCCGUGUGGAUUAAAAUAGCAUCUAACAGUUUUAGCGUUAAUGUAACAGAAUCAUUAGGUGGUGAAUUAUUACUGAUUCAAGAUGGUCUAAAACGUAGAAAUGAAUUUGUUUCCACUGCAAACUCGGUAAAUCAUAGCAUCCAUUUACGUCCAAGCGAUUUUGAUUAUUUAAAUAAAAGUGCAACUGCUAUAAAAACUUAUUGGUUUCGGAAUUGCUCGUACUUGGGUAUGUCAAAUGAUUUAAGUUAUGUAGCAAACUAUCCUGUAGAAGGUAUGUUUUACGAAAUUGAAGCAUUAGUGGUUGGAUCAUUUGAAAAAUUACCCCAACCUAUUACCACAACCACUACACCAACACCUACAACAACAACAACAACAACUACUACUACUACAACUACUACUUCUACCACGACUAUAUCACCUACCACUGAUAAGUCGUCAUCAAUGAAAGAACCUAUACUUCUUCAAAAGAGUAGUAAACGAAGAAAGCGAAAUGAUAUUUCUUCCCAAUUCUCUGAGAAUAUAGCACGUGCGAACGCUGAAUUGUUAGGAUUAAAUUUAACGAAAGUAUUGGAAAAGCAAUCUAAUGACUCAAGUACAGUGAGUAUAAAAACUUUCCAUGAUUCUAAACUUUAUACUUCCGAUGUACAAAAGGCCCUACAAUUAAAAACUGAACCGCCCUACAAUUGCAUUAAUAAAUCAAUUAUAUCACGUGAUCCGAAAAACUCUUAUGGCUACUUUAAACACCGAAUAAUUUCAAAAUCCCCUGUUACAAAUUUCUCCGCCAGUGGAAACUAUUGGCUACAACAUGGUGACUUAUUAACUUUGGAAAUCAAAUGCGAAGGCUCAAACGAAAUAAAAUGCUGUACAAUGGUGUUUGAUGCACCAUAUAAUGCAACUGGAAACGAAACAUGUGAUAAUUAUUAUUCCUUGCCUCAGUGCAAAUUCAACUUUGUUCGCUUUUUCACAGAGAGUAAAACUAUUUUAUUUUUCCUUCGUAAUGAUGUUUCAGAGAUUACAAAUCAAGUGACCAUUAAUAUAUAUGAAGCAAAAGUGCAAUCCCAACUUUCCGUUGUAGUGGUUCCUGUGACAUUUACGCUAAUUGCAAUAAUUUUGGUUAUUUUUGGAGUUUCUUAUUAUGUACAAAGCCAUAACCGUUUCACUGUUGAAGUCGCAGAUUUUAACUUUAGUGACACACAAUCCGUUGAUAUCGAAUAUAAAACAUUUCAACAGCGUUUGUACGAUAGUUUAUGUGAAGUUUUGCCAACAUGUCGUCGACAUUUGUCAGAAACUAAUUCAAUUCUCGACCCAGAGCCUGAAAGCUCUGAGAGAAUAGAUAGUGAUUUAAGAUAUAACAUAAUGACUUGAAAUAUCAUAUUAUAUAUGCUUGUAUAUUAUUAUUUAUCUGUAGACUAUAUAAGUAGUGAUAAUUUAUUAUUUAAUUUACACUGUUGUAAAUAAAGGUUAUAUUAAGCUUCUAAAGAUAUUUGAAGCAAGGAGAAAAAUACUGCGAAAUAUUCCUAAUAAACAUGCUCUUGUAGCCUCAGCAAAUAAAUGAAUUAAAUUGAUUGGCUGCAAUAUGCAACGACCAUAUAAAAUAUUUAUUAGGAAUCAAUUGAUUGUUUAAAUGUAUUAAAUUUAAA